AUGUCAAAUUUUGAAGAUAAAACAACAUUAUUGUGGUCAUCAGUAUUAAUAAGAGAAAUAAAAAAAAGAGAGAAUAAUAAGAACAUAAAAAAUUCAAGUCAAAUAAAUAAAUUGAAUGAACAAAAUGAAAUAAAAGAAUUAAAAAUCGAAGACCAUAAUGGAAAUAACUCACAAAAUGAAGAUUUUAGUUAUGUAAAUUAUAUUUAUAACAAUUGUUGCACAAUUCUGAAUUAUUUUCACCAUAUUAAUAUCAAAAAAAGAAAAUUUGAAAAAUUAAGUAAAAAUAUUUGUUUUAAAAAUGCAAAUAUUUCUAUAUUUGGACAAUCAUUAAAAUGUAAGAAAAUAGAAGGGGAUAACGAAGUUCCCCAAUUACCCAAUAUGAUACUACCGGAUAAUAAUCAGAUUAAUAUUUUGAAGAGUAUUAUUAAAAGAUCGUCUCAUAAUUUAAAAAAUAAAUACAAGAUAGACUUAUUAAUUGUAAAAACAAUUAUACUGACAUUGUUUGAACCAUUUUUAUUAAAAGUGUCUUUAAAAUAUUUUAAUCUUUUAACAGUUUCAAUUGUAAACCAGAUAUUUGAAGAAGCUUUAAUUUUAUCGUCCCAUGAUUAUUAUAAUAUGGAGGUAAAAAGUGAGAUCGAAGAAGAAAAAGAAACACAAUCGAAAGAUAAUUUCAAGCAAUCACGUCCUUCUUUACAUAUAUAUAAUUUUAUUAAAAAAUAUAAUAUAGAUAUAGAAAUAUACUUUUGUAUGAUUUGCAUGAACAGCAUAUUAUUUUGUAAGGACUUAUUUUAUAAAAAUACAAUUGAUUAUUUUUUUAAUUAUGUAUUAGUAAAAUCUGAACAUGCUUAUAAUUAUUUCAAAAAUAUUUUAUUAAAGUAUGAGAAUAAUAUAAAAGCAUGUAAAUAUAAAGAGGAUAUAUAUUACACAUAUUUAUAUAAAAUAUUAUUAAUUUAUUAUUAUUUAAGCAUUAAUAAUAUACUUGAUAAAAUGUAUAUUAAUUUGCUACCCCAAGUUAUGAAAUGUAAUAAAAAUAACGAUCUUUUUGAGGCCUUAAUUUAUUUAAUUUAUUUAAAUUAUUAUAGACUUGAAAAAAACUGUCUACCCAUGGAUAUAUUUGGGCCCAGUUUUAACAACACCCUAGCAUAUAAUAAUUUUUAUACACAAUCAGAAGAAGACAACAACAGUGAAAAUAAUAUAUUUUGUGAUAAAACUCUAUUGGAAUGUAAAAACAAAAAAUAUAACCAUAUCAUAUAUGAUAUACUGGCAAAACAUAAUGGUAUUUUAGCAGAUUUUGAAUAUAUAUACAUUGAAAAAUUUCGAAACAAUGUGUCAGAAAAUUCACUAGUGAAAUUUUAUGAAAAUAUUGAAUCAGUCAUAUAUCCAUCUUUUUGCUUAAAAAUAAGAGACCCAACAAAUAUGAUAAAGAAAAAUAGAAAUAAUUUUGUUAUAACAAAAAGAUUAAUAAAUGUGAUAGAAGAAUUAGUUAUAAAUAUUUAUAAUAAAAAGCCAACAAUUUUAAUAGGAAAUGAAGGAUCAGGAAAAACAUCACUAAUAAAGUAUAUAUAUGAUCAAAUAUUUAAAAAUAAAUAUGAAAAAAAUUGUGUAAACAAAGAAAAUUGUGAAAUACAAAAUGUGAUAAGCAUUUAUUUAGAUGAUAUAUCUGAUUCAAAAACAAUUUUAGGGUUAUGGGAAAGUAAUGAAAAUUGUUUUGAAUUUAAAUAUGGUAUAUUAUCAAAAGCUAUGAAAAAUGGAGAUUGGGUUGUUUUUGAAAAUAUUAAUAAUAUUUCUAAUAGUAUAGUAGAAAAGUUACAAGAAUUGACUAGUAAAGGAUAUAUAUAUUUAUCAGAUAAGGGUGAAUAUAUAUACCCUCAUAAAAAUUUUAGAUUAUUUUCAACUAUUACUGUAAAUAACUAUGAAUAUAAUCAGUUUGGGAGUGAACAAGAUGAUACAACCAUUAAUUUUAAUACAGGAAAAAAAAUGGGUGAGAAAAAAAAACAACUCAUAGAUGAUGAAAAAAUUCGAGAACGUAUACUUAUAAAUCAUAGACCAAACAAUUUAAAUAAUUUAUUCAACAAAUGGCAUAGUGUUUUUAUUGGAUGUUAUAAAAAAAAUGAAAUAAAAGAAAUUUUAUAUAAAAAAUUACAAAAUAGUAUUCAUAAAAAUUAUAAAUAUAUACUUUACAAUUGCUACAAUGUUUUUAUGAAAUUACUUAAUAAAUAUCGUAUUUUAAGAAAAAUAAAUCUACACGAUUUAAUUAAAAUAAUAAAAAGAGUAAAUAAAAAAAAAGUAUUUUUGUACGAAAAUGAAAAAACAAAAAUGCUUUUAUUUCAAAUUUGUAAAUCUAUAUUAAUUUCACAUAUACCAAAUGCAAAUAUAAGAUAUAUUUUUUUAUUAAAAUUAAUAAAAUUAUUUGGCUUGUCUGAAGAUAAUGUUUUAACACAUUUAAAAAAUUUUUCAUUAGAAAAUUGUAUAAAUGAAUUUAAUAUAACAUUAAAAAGUAAAUACAAAAAAAUAUCUUUAGAUUUUGAUAAAAUUUACAAUCAUUCAUUUUUAUUAACGUCAGUACAUAAAUCUAUAAUUUAUGAAAUAAUUGAAGGUGUACAUAAUAAAGAAAGUAUAUUAUUAUUAGGAGAUACAGGAGUAGGAAAAACUGCCCUCAUAGAUUACAUAUCCAAUAUUUUUGAUAAAAAACUUCAUGUCUUUGUUUUUAGUGAACAAUCAGAAUCAUCAGAUCUAAUUGGUAACUAUUAUCCUUUCAAUAUUAAUGUAAAAACAAAUGAAAUAUUUACUGACCUAAAAAAAUUAAUAUCAAAAAUCAAUUCAUAUUUAACUGAAAAGGAAGUAAAUUUAUUUUUUUUAAAAUUAAGAAUUUUGUUAACCGAAAAAAAAUAUAUUACCUUUCUAAAUACCUGUUAUAAUUUUAUAUCUACAGUUAUAGAUGUAUUUCAAAAUGAUACUCAGAUUUUUGACAUGAAAAUUGUUAAAGAUUGUAAAGAGUUUCAAAAUAACUGCAAAAAUAUUAAUGAUUUUUGGAAUGAUAACAAUGAUCUAAAUCAGAAAAAAAAAAACUAUUUCUUGAAUUAUAAUUUUUAUAAUUUUUUCAAAAAGGAUGCGAAAAUCGAGCAGCUAGAAAAUGGGUGUAAUGGAAUUGGCAACACUAAUCAAGAUUCCAAAGAAAAUGAAAAUAAACAAACCCCUACAGUAAAUCAGGAAGAAAUAGAAGAAGAACCAACUAAAACAGGAAAUGAAUUAAUUUUCAAAUUUCAUGAUGGUGUAUUAAUUGAUUGUAUUCAGAAUGGUUAUUGGAUUUUACUUGAUGAAAUAAAUCUUGCACAAACUGAAAUUUUACAACGAUUGCAAGGGUUGCUAGAUUCAUCAAAUAAAUAUUUUGAUGUUAUAGAAAAAGGAAAUGAAAGAAUAAAAAUUCACAAAGAUUUUCGUUUAUUUGCAUGCAUGAAUCCUCCAAUUAUUCCUAAUUUGAAAAAAGGGAUGAAAAACAAAAAGAAAAUAAAAAAAAUGAAUUCUACAGAUAUAGAAAAUUCGAAUGAAAAUAAUACUGCAAAUGAUGAUAAAAUAACAAAUGAAUAUGAUGAAUUAGUUGAAGCAUUAGAUUCAAAAGAUGGAAUUGGUAUUGAUAUAUAUAAUAGAAAUACAUCAUCAGGUAAAAAAGAUUUACCACCUAUUAUUAGAAAUAAAUUUACUGAAAUAUUUGUAGAUGAAAUUGUAGAAUAUGACGAUGUUGAAAUGAUAGUAAAACAUAUUUUAAAAGACGUAACGUCUGAUCAUACAUUGAUAAAAAAUAUUACAAAUUGUUAUUUAGAGAUUAAAAAAGAAAGUUUAAAAAAUAUAAAUAAUAAUGAAAAUAAGCCAAUAUCAUUUUCUACACGAAAUUUAGUUAGAGCUAUAAAAUUUGCCAUACAUGUUCAUAAAAGAAAAUUUAAACCUGUUCCUCUUCAUUUGGCUGUUAGAAAUGGAUUUAUUUGUAACUUUUUAAGUUCAGUAAAUUAUAAUAAUCAUAAAAUUCUGGAAAAAAUUUUUAAUAAAUAUUUAAAACUAUCACAACAUAAACAUUCAAAAAUUGCUGAUGAUAAAAUUUCGAGUAAUAGUAAUGGUACUAUGCAUAUUGAAAAAGAUGGAAUUAUUGAUUAUUCAAUUUUAGAAAAUUAUUAUCAGUAUACUUUUUUUAACACCAAAAAUAACAAAGAGGAGAUAGAUAAUAAUGCUUAUUUACCUAAUCUAAAAGAAGUAAUAAAUGGUGGCAUUGAAAUUAAUUACAAUAAUAAGACUGAUAAAAAGGGAGUAAAUGAAAUAAGUAAUAAUAUAAAUGAAAAUAAUGAUAUAGAAAAAUAUGUAUGUGUUGAAGAUAGCUGGAUACUUUGUGGAAAUGAAGAUAUAAAUUUAAAAAAUAUCUUAUCGAAUUUUAUAAUAACAAAAAAUGUUAGAGAAAAUAUUAAAAAAUUAGCCUUAUGUUUAAGCAGUAUAAAAACGCCAAUAUUAUUAGAAGGUAAUACAUCUGUUGGUAAAACAUCUUUAGUUAAAUUUUUUGCAGAUAUAACAGGUCAUAAAUUUAUUAGAAUCAAUAAUCAUAUGAACACAGAUAUAAAUGAAUAUUAUGGCCAAUUUGUAAAUGAUAAAAAUAGUGAUAGUUUAAUUUUUGAAGAAGGUGCUUUUGUAAAAGCUGUAAGAAAUGGAUAUUGGGUUGUUUUAGAUGAAUUAAAUUUGGCUCCUUCAGAAGUUUUAGAAUCAUUAAAUAGAAUAUUAGAUGAUAAUAAAGAAUUAUAUAUACCUGAAUUAAAAUGCUAUGUUAAAGCACAUAAAGACUUUAUGUUAUUUGCUACUCAAAACCCAGCCAAUAAUCAAAAUUAUUUUGGAAGAAAAGAAUUAUCAAAAGCUUUUAGAAGUCGAUUUAUUGAAUUUUGCAUUAAUGAUUUUGAAACAGAAGAACUUGAAAUUAUUUUACAUAGAAAAUGUGCUAUAUCUCCAAGCAUUUCUAAAAAAAUGAUUCAAGUUUUCACAGAAUUAAAGGAUGUUAAAUCAAAUUAUAAUUAUUUUAAUGGAAGUUUAAUGACAUUAAGAGAUUUAGUUAAAUGGGGUAACAGAAAUCCAAAUAAUAAUUCAGAUGCAUGUUUGCAUGGAUAUUAUAUUAUUGCUGAAAAAUUGAGAAAUGAUAAAGACAAAGAAACUGUUAAAAAUAUAUUAUGUACAAAUUUUAUGAAAAAAAAUGAAUCAUUUGUUUUGGAUUAUGAACAAGAUUCGGAUGUAAUAGCUUUCAAAAAUGCAUUUACUAAACAAAUUUCCCAUGUUCGAAAUUUACAAAUGAGGCAAAUUCAAAAUGAUGACAAUUUAGAAGACCAAAAAUUAGAUAGACUUUCAGACGAUUUGAAACGAUAUCAAUAUCUAAAAAAUAUGCACUUUGGGAAAACAACAAGCCGAUUAUUGGCUCUAUUAUGUAAAUGUUUUAAAUAUAAAGAAUCAGCACUUUUAAUUGGGGAGACUGGAUGUGGAAAAACAACAAGUUGUGAAUUGCUUAGUUUUGUAGACAAGUUAAAGUUAAAUAUAUUAAAUUGUAAUGAAAGUACAGAUGUUUAUGAUAUUAUUGGUAGUUUAAAAUUAGUAGAAAAUAAAAAAGAUGAUUUUGAAAAACUCAAAAAAAUAUGUAUAGAAUUAUAUAAUGAAAUAUAUACAAAUUAUCAAGAUAGUUUUGCUUCAAAUUAUUUAAGUGGGAUUAUACAUGAACAAAUAACAGAUAUAAAAAAAGAAGAUUUCCUAAUAUUUAAUCUUUAUUUACAUAAAAAAUAUAACUUAAAUGAACAAAUUAAAAAUAAACUAAAUAAAAUGGAAAAAUUUAUAAAUAAUUUUAAAUCCGUUUUUACUUGGCGUGAUGGUAUAUUAGUAUCUUCUUUAAAAAAAGGGGACAUAUUUUUAAUGGAUGAAAUUUCAUUAAUUGAAUCAUCUGUUCUUGAAAGAUUAAAUUCGGUUUUUGAAUAUGAAAGAACCUUAAUAUUAACUGAAAAAGGGGGAUCAAAUGUAAAAACUCUAAAAGCCCAUGACAGUUUUUUUUUCAUUGGUACUAUGAAUCCAUGUGGAGAUUUUGGAAAAAAAGAACUUUCUCAAACUUUAAAAAAUCGAUUUACUGAAAUUUAUGUUCAGACUUAUACAUAUGAUUCAGAUGAUUUCUAUUAUUUGAUACUCAAGCAGAUUAGAUUUACAAAAAAAAAAAAUAUUAAACACAAUUUUGCAAAAUGCUUAUGUAAUUUAUUUCAAGAAAUAUCUCAAAAUCGUUCCCUUUCUUCUCAUGUUACUCUAUCUAUAAGGGAUGCAAUUAAAUGGAUCGCAUUUAUGAAUAUAUAUAUUAGUAGAAGAAAAAAACAGGAAAAAAAUAAUAAUAUGUUAUCUCUAAAUAAAUUAAAACAACUUUGUAUCGAAUCCUUUUACCACAGUGGAUGUCUAAUAUUAAUUGAUGGAAAUGAAGACAUGAAAUGUAAAAAUGAAAUAAAACAUUUAUUAACACAACAUUUGGAAAAACUUAUCUUAUCAAUCAAAAGUAAAACAAAUAAAAAAGUGACAAAACUAAUAAACCAAUUUGAUAAAACAGAUAAUUUUAUUUUCACACCAAGCUACUUAAAAAUUAACAAUUUUGAAAUUAAAUUUAAAAAAAAAUUAUUAAAUAAUUUAGAAAAUAUUUCUAACGACAAUAAUUUUGUUUUUGAUACCCCCAAUAUUAAAAUUAAUUUGUUUAAAAUUGUAAGAGCAAUGCAAUUAAAUAGUUCGAUCCUUCUUGAAGGGUCUCCAGGUGUUGGUAAAACAUGCAUAAUUAAUAUAUUAGCUAAAUUGACAAAAAACAAAUUAAUUAGAAUAAAUUUAUCUGAAUGCACUGAUAUUUACGAUUUUAUUGGAUCAUAUUUUCCAAUAAAGGAUAAGAAAAAUGAAUCAAAAGAUGAUGAAAUAGAAAAUUAUUUAACCAAUGUAAAGACAAAAAGAUCUAGAAACCAACCUUGUAAAAUUUUUGAAGAAAGCGAAAAAAAAAAAAGUUUUCAAUAUUAUUGGAAAGAUGGUAAAUUGAUAGAAUGCAUGAAAAAAGGAUAUUGGAUAUUAAUUGAUGAAAUAAAUUUAGCAAAUCAACAAACAUUAGAAGGACUGAAUUCUAUUUUAGAUCACCGUAAUGAAAUAUAUAUUCCAGAAACUAAUCAAAUGGUUAAAGGACAUAAAAACUUUCGACUUUUUUGCUGUCAAAAUCCAUAUAAAGAAGGAGCGGGAAGAAAAGGUUUACCUAAAUCCUUUUUAAACAGAUUUUCAAAAAUAUAUUUUGAAGAACUAAAUGAAGAAGACUAUGUAUGCAUUGUUGAAAAUUUAUACAAAAAUUAUAUUUCAGUAGAUAUGAUAAAAAAAAUUAUAAAAAUUGUUUUAAUAAUAAAAAAAAUAAAUAUUUUACUACAUGAAAGUGAAGGAUGGAUAUGGAACUUAAGAGAUAUACUACGAAUUUGUAAAUUUUUAAAAAAUGAAAAUAUAAAAAAUAAAUAUAAUAAUACCUUUAAUAGUUUCAUAGAAAUAUCUGAUAGGUUAAUAUCUAGUAGAUUGAAUUGCAUAGAAGAUAAGCUCAUUGUAAGAAGUAUUAUAAUAAAUGUCUAUUAUAAUUCUGUUGAAUUUUUAGAUAGUAUAAAAGAGGUGGGAAAUAAAGAUGCACUAAUUAGUUUGAUAAAUAACAAGGAAAAAAAUAAUCUAUACUAUAUUUAUGAAAAUUGUUUUAAUUAUAACAUAAGAAAUAAAAAUAUUAACCUUAGUGCAAAUAUAAAUGCUAGUGAUUUGGUUAUUCGACCAUCUCUCAUUUUAUUAAAAGAUGAGCAAAUAUAUUAUUCAUGUUUGUUAGCAACACAAUUAAAUGUACCUAUUUUAUUAAAUGGAAAAAAUAAUUCUGGGAAAUCAUCAUUUGUUCAUAAAUUGGCAUAUAUGUUUCAAAAAAAAUUAUUUGAGUUUGCUUUAACAAAUGAUAUUGAUACUUUUGAUUUGUUUGGAUGUUACGAGCAUAAUAGUCGAGAAAAUGCUAUAAUUAGUUUAGAAAAAAAAAUAUAUAAAUUAAAUAGACUUAUUUUAAGGCAUAUUUUUAAAAGGAAUAAUUUAAGAAAAUUUUAUAUGAACUAUUUUAGUGGCAAUAAAAAUGAUAAAUGUGUAAAUUAUUCUCGAAAAAUAAAAUCCAGAAGAGUUAAAAUUUACAUUAUGAAAACUUUAAAUACUUUAUCUAUUAAUUAUGUUAAAGCAUUGAAAAAUCAUAGAUAUGUUUUAGGAAAAGUUCAGACACGAUAUGUUAAUUUUAUAAAAUGUUUUACAACUUGUGCUACCUAUGAUUCUCCAUACACAGAAAAAAAAAUAAACCGUAUUCUUCAAAAUAUUUUAUAUUCUACAAAUAUAAUAAAUACAAACGAGAUUAAUGAAAAUGUUUAUGUAUAUAAUGAAGGAAAUUUUAUUAAAGCUAUUAAAAAGGGGCAUUGGGUUUUGUUAAAACAUUUACAUCAUUCUACUCCUUCAUUAUUAGAUAGAUUAAAUAGUUUGUUUGAAGAAAAUGGUUAUAUAUUAUUACAUGAGUUUGGAAAGAAGAAAAAAAUUAGACCACAUAAAAAUUUUCAAAUAUUUUUAACACUUAGUUCAGAAGAACAUUAUAAAAUUAGCAAAGCCUUAAGAAAUAGAUGCUUAGAAAUAUAUUUUGGCAAUAAUAAUGAGUAUCAAAUUAAUCCUUUAAAUAUUUCGGAUCCGAAAUUAUAUAGCACUAUAAGCGAAGAAAUUGAAAAAACAACUAAAGUUCGAAAUUUCAACAAAAAUAAUGGUAAUUCAAUUUUAGCAAAUAUGGAUACUCAUUUGAAUAGUAGCUCGUUUAAUAAUUAUUUGGUUAGUGUUGUCACCAAUUGUUAUAAUACCAUGAGUAAUAAAAGUUGUAAUAGUAACGACCUAAGCUCAAACCAAAAUGAAAAUGGAAUGAAUAAAAAAGUUGUUAAAGAUAGCUAUCUAAAUAUAGUUAAAGAAACAAAUAUAUUUAUUUAUAUAAUAAAACUUUUUUUUAAAUAUUUGAAAAUGGAAAGUGAAAAGAAAUAUAAUAUAAAAACACAAGGUGAUGAAGACAAAAAAAAUAAAAUAAUAAAAGAUUUAAUCUUCUUUUUUUUUAAAGAUAGUCAAAUAAAAGUAAAUUGUAAAAUAAUUAUAGAUUAUAUAAAUUAUUGUUAUAAUGCCUUUUUUAAUACACAUGGAGUUAAAUAUAACAAAGAUAUAAUUUAUUUUUGUCUAAUAAUAUCACUAAGUACAUAUGUUAUAGAAUAUAUAUGUAAUGAGGAAAUAAAGAAAGAACAUUUGCUAAACUUUUCAAAAGAUGAAAAUACAAGUGAAAAUUAUAAAUUUUAUAAAAAUUACAAAAACAAUUUAAACAUUUUACUAAAUUAUAAGUUUGAUAAUAAUAUUUAUUUUAUAGAUAAAUAUAUUGAUUACAUUUGUAGUCAAAUUUUGAUAAAAGGAACAAAUAAUAAUAACAUAGGAAAAUUAAAUGAAUGGAAAUAUAUUUUUAUAGAUUCAUUUUCUAAUUUUUAUUGCCAAAUUUUUUCAAAACUCACCGAAAAGUUACAGCUAUAUUUUUAUCCAUUUUUUUCACUUAUUAACCAUAGUAUUAUUAAAGCUGUUUACAAAUUCAAGACCAUCAUAUAUUCAAGAUUAGGCAGUUCGACAACUACUAAUAAUAAUACAAUAAAUUAUUAUGUUAUUUCUAAAAUAAACAAUUCGAAAUAUGCUUAUAGAUCUGAUGAAAAUUAUUUGAUAUAUUUUUAUAUCCACAUAUUUAUCAACUAUAUUUCUAAUUAUAACAAAGGAAAUAAGACAUCAAAUUUAUUUUUUAAAAACACCUCAGAAUAUAUAUACAAAAAUAAUGUUUUAAAAGAAGCAAUAUUAAUUGAUUCACUUUUUUCCCUAAAAUUGAACAAAAUAUUUUGCCAUUUAGUAUAUUGUUUUAUUUAUAAUUUUUCAUUAUGUGAUUUAUUUUACAGAUAUGAACAUUUAUUAAAUAUAAAAAAUCAAAUCAUUGUUAAAAAAAGUUUAAAUGAUAAAUUGACCUAUGACACUGAAAUGAUAAACUAUCUUAAAUUUGUUACGAAAAAUGUUAUACACAAAAAACUUACUUAUUUUCAUAUAAUGGCAAAUUCUAUAUAUUCCCUUAUAAAUAGCGGGGAAAAUGCCAAAAAUUGUAGGGACGUAAGAAAAACAAUUAAUGACAAUGAUACAGAACAAGUUAUUUCAAGCCAAACUAUUCAUAAAAGCAAAAAAGAAAAUAUUUUUGGUAGCAUAUUUAUUACUAAUGAUAUUAGCACAAACUUAUGUCAAUUUUUCAAGCCACUAAUUUUAGCUAAAAGAUAUUUAAUAAACAGAAAAAAUCAAAGACUUUCAAAAGUUGUAUAUUUUUGUGAUGAAUUUUUAAAAUACAAUUUUAGUUACAAUUAUUUUAUACAAAAUAGAAAGAUAGAAGAAAAUAGUGAAGAAAUACCUUCUUUGUUUUAUUACUUUAAUAAAAUUAUAAUUACAUUAGAAAAAGUUAUUUUUAAAAUAAUAAAAGGAAUGAGUACCUCAAAUAUAAAGGGAAAAUUAUGUCAUACCAAACACAAUGCUUAUACAGAAAAAAUGUUUAAUUAUUACUUAUUUAUGUAUAUUUAUAUAUUUGAAGCUAUGAAAAGUUUAGAAGAAAAAGACAAUAUUUAUAAUACGAUAAUAAUUAUAACAAGUGUUGUAAAAAUUAUAUUUUCUACAAAAAAAAUGUUUUACAAAGUUAAUAUAAAAUUAUUAGAAAUUUUAAAAAAAACAAAAUUAUUAUUUCAAACACAUUUGAUAAGUGAUGAUAAUAUGAACUCGUCACUUGUAUUCCAAAAUAAUGAAAUGCCAUACAAUAAUUAUAAUAUUACUAAAAGUGAAAUAAACAUAAGUAAUAUGAUAAAAUAUGAUUUCCUAAUACUAAAUGGUGAUAAGAAUAACUAUUUAAAACAGAACAACAUAAAGAAUACUUAUUUUUCAAACAAAUGGAUAAACAAUAUUUUUGAAAUUGUAAAUAAUAUAUAUGUAAGUUAUUAUAUAUAUGUAAGAAAUAAAAUAAAUUAUUUGUCUUUUUUUCAAAACAUUCAAUUAGAAAAUAUAGAAAUAUAUGAUAAUGAAAAAAGUGUAAAUAAAAUGUUCCCUUCUCACGUAAAAAAAACAAUAAAUAAUAAUAUAAAUUAUCUUGCCAAUGAUAUUGAAAAUUUUCUUAUACAAACAAAGUCUUUUUCAAAUGCUUUAAAAAUUCUAAACAAUGAGAAUAAUAAUUCAAAAAUUAAAAGCAUUGAGAAUUUGAUAAUCAAAAAUUUUAUUCAAGGAAGCUCUAAAAUCGAUGAAAAUUUAUUUACCAUGCUUAACACCUAUAAUUUGAACUCAAGUUCUUUCAAAAAUCCUUUAAAUAAAAUAACCACAACAUAUGAUAACCUAUCCAACAAAUUACAUAUAAACCAAAAAGGAUUAAACAUUAAUUGGAAUAGUAAUAGCCAUUUGUUGUUCUACUUUCAAUUUAUUAUGUUCAAUAUAAAUAUGAAAUAUUUAUACAACUCUUUUAUAUAUUUGAUGAAUUUUUACAUGACUAUGAAGUUUUAUAGUCAUUGGAAUUAUCAAAAAAACAUUCAAAUGCAAAGGAAUGAAACUUGUAGAGGCAUAAAAAACGAAGAAGGCGCUACGGCUGAAAAAAAAAAUCCAAACAAUACCUACUUUUUUGAUAUAUGCAAAAUGGACGUGAAUAAAAUAAAUAAAUGCAUUAAAGAAGCUAUAAAAGAAGUAUAUAUAUAUUUAGAAAAUAUAGAUAAUACUAUGCACAUAUAUGAAGAAAAAAUAGAAAUAUUAAGUUUUCUCAAAGAAAAGUAUAAUAUACUGGUAUAUGCAGAAAAAAGACGAAAACGAGCAAAAAAAAUCGAAAAAAAACGGGGGAAAAAUUACUUGACUUAUCAAUAUAGUGAUGAAGAAACAGAAAUAAACAUCAUAUAUACUAUAAUUGAAGAAAUUGUAUUUUUAAUUUACAAUUAUUUAAUGAAUAUAUAUAUGGUAAGGGAUACAAAUUAUAAUUAUGUUAAAAAAUUUGUAACUAUGGAAAAUAGUUUUGAAAAACAAAAUGAUCAUAGUUUAUCUGGGUUUAAUAAUCAUUUUGAAGCUGCUAAGGGGGACAAAAAUAAAGGAAAUUAUAUCCGGCUUUCAAAAAAAGAAAAAAUAUUUUUCUCAGAUUUAGAAAAUGAUAAUAAAGAUAAUAAUACUUAUGUAUCAAUAUUUGGUAGCCAAAAUUUUUCUUCACUUAUUAGCCAAAUGAAUGAACAAAUUAUCACAUAUGAAGAAUAUACAAUAUUUAAAAAUAUAUAUUUUGAUUACAACUUUGAGGAAGCUUCAAAAGGUAACAACAUGUACUCAUACUUAAGCACGUCUAUUUUUAACCGAUCAGUUAUUUUUGACUCAGUCAUAAAUAUGUAUAAAGAAAUAAAAAAUAAUAAAAAUAUAACAUUACUUCAUUUAAAUAUGAGUAAUUUUAUUUUUAAUAAUUUAAAACAAAAUUACUAUCACUAUAUAUUAAAAAAGGAUACCCCAUUUUAUGGAAAUUCUUUUUUUGAUACUUCACGAAAAAAUAUCAAUAUUAAUUACAUGAUUGUGAAAUUGACAAACUUAAAUUUAGAAAGCCAAAGCACAUUAAGAUAUUAUUUCAUUUUACACGUAUUCACCAUAUUUAACAAUAUAUUUGAAAAUAAUCAUAUAGAGAGUCAAACAAAAAAUAAUACAAAUCCUAUGGAGAUAUAUUAUUUAUUAUUUUUUCAGAUAUACCAACUCAUUAUUUUUAAGAGAGACAAUAUGCCAUUCACACAUAUGAUAGUCCAAUUGUUAGAAUUGUACAAAUACAUUUUUGAUUUAAAAAAUAAAGUUGAAUAUAUUAACAAAGUCGAAAAAUAUUUAACAAUAUUUCUAAUUAUUUUAUUUAAAAUUGUAAUAAUAAAUAUGGAGAAAUAUUUAAAUAAAUCCUAUAUAACCAAUAAUAUAAAAAUAGAUGAACUAAAACCAAGUGACAAAAAUGAAUGUCAAUUUGAUUGCGGAUAUGAGUUUAUGCCCAAUAAUAAAAUGUUUCAAAUUGUGCAUAACCACAUAAUGAUAGCAAGUGAAACAACACUAGACAAAAAUAUAUCAAAUUAUAGCUCAUUCGAAAAUUCUGAAAUGGGACAAAGCAAAAUGGACACAGACGAAUACGAACCUUUUGAAUUUUUAUACACAAAUAAAAACAAUAAUAAUCAAAGUUUAGAUAUUGAUUAUAUAUAUAAUUGUGUAUAUAAUUAUGUUACCAAAAAUAAUAAUAAAAUAAAUACAAAAAAAUUAAAUGAUGUUGUAAAUUUAUUAUUUUCUAAUCAUGAAAAUCUAAUAAAUUUGAUAAAAAAAUACGAAGAUGAAGAAUUUUUAUAUGCAUUAGGAUCAUUAUAUAUCUCUCAUUACUUUUUAAAUAUAAUUUGUUCUCAAAUAAGAAAGGAAAUUAAAGAAAUCUUUAAAAAAGUUGGAUUAAAAAAUUAUAUCAAAAAAUUAACUUUAUCAACAAAGGAACAAAUAUAUAUGAAUACUCAACAAAAUAUUUAUAAUGAAAAUAUUAAUCCAUUUGAUGAAUUAACCUAUAAUGAUUAUUUUAAUAUAAAAAAAAAUGUAUUUUUAAAAAAAGAGAUAAAUAAUAUUAGUAAGAAUAUACCAUUAUUACCAAAGCUACUUAGCAAUGUAAAUAAAAAUAAAAAAAAAAAAAUUUACACCAUGAUAAAUACUAGUAUGAAUAAAAAAUGUAAUUACCUUAUAGCACAAUAUAUAUAUAAAAAUAAUUCAGAACAUGUUCAAAAUUUAUAUAUAAAAUUAAAAAAUGAUUUUAAUAAUUUUUUGAAAAGUACAUUAUCAUAUGAUAAUAUUCAAUCCUUGUUAAAUAAUGUGAAUAAUACUAACAACAUCAUCAGUUAUUCUAUAAUUAAUUCUUCAAUGAACUUUUUAUAUCAUAUAAAAAAAAAAUAUAAUUUGAUAUUGAAAUUUACACACUCAACAACAUAUGCAUUGUGCGCAUUUAUACAUUCAGUCCAUAAUAUAAACUUAUUUAUAUUGCAAAAAAGAGAAAAAUAUAGACAAAAUAUAAUUAAGACAACUGGUGAAAAUAUAUACAGUAAUUAUGCAAAUAUCUCAUCCCCACUUACUUUUUAUGAAAAUGAUAAGUUUAGUGAAAAAAAUCCAAAACUUAUUUUUAGUCUGGAUAUGCAAUAUAAUGAAGGGUCAGAAGAAACAAAACAGUUGAAAGAUAAUCUAUAUGAUUAUACAAAAUUUCCAGUAAACUUCAACAAAAUUAUUAACUUAAAAAAAGAUCAAUAUGGAAAAAUAAGUGAAUUAGAAUACUUUGAAUUUAUAGUAAAAAUGUUACAAAAGUCUAAAAAUAUAUACAAAGAUUUUGAUUUUAAAAUAUUAGUAGAUUGCUUAAAAAAAUUAUGUAAAAAAAUUAUAUAUUCACAAAUGGAUGAAAAUAAUGUUAAUAAUAUUAAUGACUUAUUUAAAAUUGAUCAAUUCAAAAAUUUUGCUACAAAAGAAAAAGCUGAAUAUAUUUUACAAGAAGAUUAUAUUGAUAAAAAAAUUGAAAUGGAACUUGACAAUUUUUUUUAUUCUCCUGAUUAUUUUUCAACUGAACAAAAUGAUACUAACAUCAUCUUAAGAAAUUUUCAAAUAAAUGAAAAUAAAAAAGAUAUAAUCGAAAAUGAAUCAAACGAAUAUAAUUUUGACAAAAAUAAUGAUAGCUCAAGUGAAAGCAACGCAAAUGAUUCCAUACAAAAUAAUAAGGAAGAGAAACUUAAUGGAAACUCAAAAAAUAGCCAAGAAAAUAUGACUUCUCCAAAUCUAGAUGAAGAAAAAAAAGAAGUAAUAGAUGAAAAUGUUUUUAAUUCUAUUAUUUAUAAAAUUGUAAAAUUAUUUAAGAAAAAACAAUCAAACUUAAAUAAUAAUAAAAAGAUGAAAAAGAAAAAUGAAAUAAGUAUGACACAAAAAAAUAUAAGCAACAUUUUAGAUCUUCUAAUCAAAUUAAACACACCCAAUGAUUUUGAUAGCCAAAACAACUGUAUGUUUUUAUUAAGCAAAAAAUCGGAAGAAAAAGAAAUGCUAAUUUUCACUUUGAAUAUGAUGAACAAAUUAAGUAAAAUGACACAAUAUAAAGAAGAUAAGUUUACAGAGUUUAAAAAUAAAAUUCUCGACAUUUUUUUAAAUGAAAAAAAAGGAAAUCACAUAUAUGUAAAUAGAUAUAUUAAUUUAUUAGAUGAAAAUAUAGUAGAAUAUAUAUAUACAGUUUUAAAUGAUCUAUGCUUAUUUUUAAUAAAUAUUCGAAAAGAAUUCAUAUUAAUAUAUAACGAUAAUAAUCAUUUAAAUAUUUUAAAUAUCAUAAAUUCAAUAGAUGGUAUAUUAUCUAUUCCUAUAAAUAAUAUAAAAAAGGAAUUAGAAAAAAUUAUUGUAAAACUAGAGUCUAUUAUAAAUACAUUUGGAUUAUUAAAAAAUGAUAAUUUUAUAAAUUUUGAUGAAAUAAAUAUUCAACGAUUAAAUCUGAUAAAACAACAAAAAUUCAUAGAGCAAUUAUUAAUGUAUACAAUAUAUUUCAGAUUAUACAAAAUAAAUGAAAUUAAACAUAUUAGAAAAAAUCUAAAUAAAAAGAUUGUGAAAAAAAAAACCUUAAACCUUUUUUCAUUUUUAUUUUAUCUAUGCUAUGACGAUAAUACACAAAUUUCUAAAGAAGCCAAUCGAACAGAUGAAUCAGAUAUUCAGGGUCAUGGAAAUAUUCAAGACAAUAUGAAAUUAAAAAUUAUAAAAACAUUUGAAACGUUAGUCAUAUUUUUAAGAGAAUCAACAAUUGGAGAAUUUACAGCACGUUUAAACUUAAUAUGUCUAGUUGCACAUUUAUUUGGAACCUCUGAAAAUAUAAAAGAAAAAAUUAUGAGUUCGGUAUUUUUAAAUGUAUAUAAUUAUAUGUACAUAUAUUCCCCUUUAAUACAAAAGAAAAUAAAAAUGUGUAAAAAUUAUUUUGAUUUAAAUUUAAGAAAGUCGUUGCAAAAAAUUAACUUGGAUUUAAUUAGUGUAGAUGCAUAUAAAUCUUCAAUCCUUAAAUUAAAAAAAGUUAUAGUAUAUUAUACUAAACUAUAUUUCCAACAAAUUAAUAUAACUAUGGAUAAAUUUAUUCAAGAAAAUCGAAACUCUAUUUUUGUUUCAAUAAAUAAUAACGAAAAAGAUGAUCUAAUUAUUAAAGAAAAUAAUGAUAACGAUGAAGAUGAAGAUGAAAAUGAAAAUACUUCAAAUGAGUCUGAUCUUGAAAUAGCUUCAGAUUUAGAAAAUCAAAAUCCAGUAGUUGUAGAAAAUGAUGAACAAGAUAUUUCUCCCCCUAUAGAUCAACAAAUCGAAGAAUUAUACAUAUCAAACGAAUUAAGCGGGAUGAAAAAAUCAUUUUUAAAUUUAGCAAAGAAAAUAAAAAAUAAAUUAAAUAUGAACAAAUUUUUAAACUAUGUAGAUAAUUAUUAUAGUUUUGAAGAAUUAUCAAAAAAUUUUGUUGAUGAAAUAAAAAAUGUAUUAAAUAUACAAAGCCCAAAUGCAAAUAUGAAUCAAAAAAAAAGAUGGAUAUAUAUACUUAAACAUUUUAUAAAAAAUAAAUUAAACAUACCUAUUUUAUACGAUUUAAAUAAUUUUAAUUUUUUUUCAGACAUAUUUAAAGAACAAAUUUAUUUUGAUGAUAUUAAAAACGGGGAUGAAACAAGUAUAUCCUUUUUAUUUGAAUAUUCAUCUUCUGAUGAAAUUUUGAAAGAAUUUAAGAAUUGCCUAAUGUGUAUAUUAGAAAAUGAUAAUGAAACUGAGCAAAAUAAACUAGACGAAUUUGUAAAAAAUAUAUCAGAUGAAAUAGAUAAUUAUAUAAAAAGAAAAAAAGUUAAUAGCUUAUCCUUUUUAGAUAAAAUAAAGAAUAUUUUAAAAAGUAAUGAAGAUAAAAAUUCUAAAAUAUUAUAUCUAAUCAUAUAUAUAAAAUCAAUUAAUAUUCAUGAAGACAUACGAAAUGAUGAACUAUUAACAACAUAUCUUUUAAAUUCUAUAAAUUAUGAAUAUUAUAAUUUAAGACGAGAAAUAAAUAUAUUUUAUCAUCACUUUGUUUUUUACUAUUUAAUUAUUAAUGAUCUGUUGUUUGAAAAAAAAUAUGAGAUAAAUUAUUUUGGAAUAGACAUAAAAACUUUUGAAGAAUUUAUUUUAAAAUGUAACGAAAUUAAAAGUAGUUUAUUACAAAUUUUAAGUAUUUUUUCAGAACAAUUAAAAAAUAAUGAAUUAUUCAAAAAUAUUAUCUUUUCAAUCUAUAAAAUUAUAUAUAUUAUAUAUAAUUCAAACGAAUUUGCAAUAUUUAAAUUUAUUAAAAAUAUAGAUACCAUUUCUUGCUUAGAACAGUUUAAGAAUAAUUCAAUGUCCAAUUUUAAAAUUAAAGUAAAUGAACACUUGUGGAAAUUUGUAGAAAGAAAUAUUAAAAAUUUAGAAGAUGAUCUUACUAAAAUAUUUUAUUUAGAUAUAGGAAUAUACUUUAAAAAUAAAACAUAUCAAUGCAUUUAUUCUUUUAUUUCUUUUUUUAAACAAGUAGAAAAUCCAUUUACACAAAAUAAUGAGCUAGAAAAAAAUAACACACUUAUAAAUUCGUCACAUUUUGAUAAUAUAAAUAACCAAAUUGUUGUCUUUAUAAAUAAUAUAAUUAACAAUAAAUCAAUAUUAUAUAAAAACGAAGAAUACCCCAAUUUUCAUGAAUCAAAAAAUGUUAAUACAAUAUACUCCUUCUCAGAUAUUAUCGAAUUUUAUUUAAACAUAUCAAAUUUAAGUUUAUUAAAAAAUGAAAAGAAUUAUGAAAAAAAAAUAAACACAUUUUAUUAUAUGAGUAAAAAUCUAUUUUAUUUUAUAAAAUCUAUAUUUUUAUACUUUUUAGAUAUAUAUAUUGGAUUUUCAAACAUAACAUUAUAUUUUCUAAAAGUAUUAAAAAUUUUAUAUAUUAAAGGAUUAUGCAAACAAGUUAAAGAUAAUAAUGAAACGACUGAAAAUGGUGAGGAGUCUAAAAAUGAUGAUAUUUUUCAUAAAAUCGAUUUUAUUCAAGGAGUUGGAUUAGGAGAAGGAAAAGGUGUUAAAAAUAUUUCGGACGAUGUUGAUAAUGAAGAUCUUGAUAAUAUCUAUAAUGAAGAUGAAAAUAAUUUUAGUCAAGAUGAACAAGAUUUUAAUGAAGAAGCUAUUGAAUCAACUUAUAAUUUUAAAAAAUUUUGUGAAAAAGAAAUAUCAGAAAAUCAGGAUAAAUCUACUGAUACUAAAGGGGAUAAGAAACAACUCCAAAAUGAGCAGGAUAAUAUUAAUAUGGAAAAAGACGAGUCAAAUAAUAUUGACAAUAUCAAAGAUACAAAACAGAGUGAAAAUCAAAAUCAAAAUGAAGAUGAAAACAAUUCUGAUCAACCUAAUCAAAAUGAUCGAGAACAAAAUAUCGAUGAUGUUUUUGAAAAAAAUGAUGGAACUAAUAUUAGUCAAACUAAACCCAAUGAAAAUAUGGAAAAAAAUAAAAAUUCUGGUGAUCCAAUUGAACAGGGAAAACAAGACACUGAUUUUGAUGCUCUCAAUGUAGACGAUCAAAAUGAAAGCCAAAAUGGUGAAGAAAAACCAGAACCACAAAAAGAACAAUCUGGUGAAAAAACAGAAGAUAAAUCAAAAGAUACACUAAAUGAAAAAAUAGAUGAUCAAAAUAACGACAUAGAAUUUGAUGGAAGUGAUUUUGGUGAAAUUUCUGAAAAUGAUAACAACGAAUUAAUGCAAACAUCAAAAGGAAAUAACAAUUUUAACAUGAACUAUUCAGAAGAAAAAAAUGAUAAUAUAAAUGAUGACUAUAGUGAAAUUCAUAGUGAUGCCAAUGAAGAUAGCCAUGAUAAUUUCGAUGAUAAAAAUGGAUUUAAUGAUACAAACUUUGAAAGUGAUAACUUUGAUUUUGAAAUUGAAUCAAGUGAUUUUUCAAAAAGUGCGAAAUCGUUCAUAUCUGAUGAAGAUCAAAAUUUAGAUGAAUAUGAUGAUGAAGAGAAAAAUAAUGAUACUGCUCAAAGAGAUGACAAAGAUUUAAAUAAAAUGAAAGAAAGGGAAGAUGUUGAUAAGCUUACCAAAAAUGAUUUAUUCGAACAUCCUGACAUAAAUAAAAUGGAUGAAGAGUAUGAAGAAAGUGACUUUAACAUUUCUGGCCAAAGUGAAAAUGACGAUUUAGAGCAAAAUGAAAAUAAUCAAAAUAUGAAAAACAAAUUAAUGCGAGAUCAAGAAAGAGAAGAAAAACAAGGUAGUGAUAUGGAUGAAAUUGAUGAAGAUGCUACAAAUAAAGACGAGCAGUAUGGCAAUCAAAAUGAUAAGUAUGAUGAAAAUAAUUAUAAUGAUAGUGAGCAAAGUUUCAAGGAAGAAGAGCAAAAAGGAGAUGAACUAGUUGAAGGAAAAACUGAUGAAAUUGGAGAGGGAGAUAAUGAAUUGGAUAAAGAAGAAGAAGACCAAAUUGGAAAGCAUGAAAAUGACGGACUUGAUAAUAAAGAUAUAAAAUCAGAAGUCCAAAAUGAAGUUAAAAUAGAAGAACAUUCUAAACAAAAUGAUGAAGACAUUGAAAAACGAAAAGAUAUAGACACAACAAAUUAUAUCAAUCAUAAUGAACAAACAGUAGAAAAUGAUAAAAUAAAAAAUCCAGAUGAAAAUAUAUUGUCAAAUAAACAAGCAAAUAGUUUAGACACAAAUAAAAUUGAUGAUACAAAUGAUAAUAAAGGUAAAGAAAGUAGAAUAAAUGGAUUAAGAGAUGAAAUGGAUCAAAGUGAUGAAUCAGGUGAACAGGAAAAUUCAUUUGAAAAAAAUAAUGAAAAGGGAUUUAAAGGAAAUGAAAAUAAUACAGAAAAAGAUGAUCAAGCCAAUUCAAAUACAUUUUCUUUUUCUAUUAAUAAAUAUAAUAUAUAUACUGAGAAUUUUAUGGAUAUAUCUAAUUUUAUCGAAAAAAUAAAUGAAAAGUUGCAUAACUUGAAUGAAACCGAUUUUAAUAGAAAAGAUGAAGAAAGAGAAAAUGUAGAAUCCUAUCAAAAGAAGGGAAUUAAUAAUUUUGAUACAUCCCAAGAAAAUAUAAUUAAUUCUGAAAACGUUAAACCAAACUCUGACAAUAAAAAUGAAAAUGAUACUGCUGAUCAAAUUAAUGAAAACGAUACAACUAGUAUUCUUAGUGAUGAACCAAAGGAUGAGCUUGAUAGAGACAAUAAUUGUGAAAUUGAUGAUUCAAAGGGAGAAAUCAAAGAAGUAUAUGCAAAUAAAAAUAAGCAAAAUAAAAUAAAAAAUGAAAUGAAAACAGAAAAGCAUCAACAACAAAAAAUAAAUGAUAAGAAUAUCGAAACUGGAAGUAAUUAUGAUGAAAAUGACAAUGUCAGUAGUAUUGAAUCAGAACAAAUGGAGAAAGAUAAUGAUCAACGAAAUUGUGAAAGAAAAGAUGAACGAGAUUUUGAGCACGACUCAUUUAGUGAGGACUAUAACUAUGAUGAUGAAUUAAAAGACAAUGAAGAAGAAAACGAAUUUAAUGAUAAUAAUAAAGACAAAUACAAAAUGUAUGAAAAUGAAAAAGGGCUUGAAAGCGAAUAUAAAUUAAAAAAUGAAAAUACAAAUUUUGAGGAUAAAAUAAAAUAUGGGGAUAUGUUAAUGCAAAAUAAUAAUAUGAGCAAUAGUAUAAAUGAUGAAAAAUAUGAAAAAAUAUAUGAGCAACUUAAUAAUGAAACUGAAAUGAUUUCUAGCCAAUUAUGUGAACAAUUAAAAAUAAUUUUAGAACCAACUGUUAGAAAUAAAUAUGAAGGUGAUUAUAAAUCUGGAAAAAAAUUAAACAUAAAAAAAUUAGUAAAUUAUUUUGCAAGUAAUUUUAGAAAUAAUAAAAUAUGGAAAAGAAAAACAAAAUUAAAUAAAAGAGAUUAUAAUAUAUUAAUUGCAAUAGAUAAUACUAAAAGUAUGAAAAUAAAUAAUAUUCAAAAAAUGACAUUAAAUGCUAUAUUUUUAGUUGCUAAAGCAUUUGAAAAAUUAAAUGUCGGAAAAAUAGGAAUAUGCUCAUUUGGAGAAAGCGAACAAAUUAGUUCAAAUAAUAUCGUAUGCCCAAUGGUUAAUAGUUUAAAUAAACAAAACUUUUUAAAAAUUUUAAAUCACUUCAAUUUUAAUCAUGAUACAGAAAAUUCAUUUGAUUGUGCUAUGCUAAAUGCAUUAAAAAUUUGUAACUACGUAUUUAAAAAUAGUUAUACACAAAAUAAUUCAAAAAAUACACUUAACCAUUUAAUGCUUAUUAUAAGUGAUGGAAGAUUUAAUAAAUCAGUAGUCAGAGGUGAAAUAUUUAAUUCAAUUAAAAAUAACUUUAUACCAAUUCUAAUGAUUAUAGACACACAAUUAUCUAAUAAUAAAGCUCAAUCCAUAUUUAACUUAAAACAAACUUUUUAUAAAAAUAAUAAAUUAGAAAUUGUUCCAUAUUUACAUGAUUUCCCAUUUCCAUAUUUUGUCGUUGUCAAUGAUAUAAAUGAUAUACCAUCUAUGACUUGUGAUAUCAUAAGACAGUGGUUUGAAGUGCUUAAUAAUAAAUAA